UGGACCUGGAUUUCUGUUUAUCACUCAAGAACUGGUGUGCUCAGCUCUUCUCUACAGGACAGGUGAACUGCUUUUCCUGACAGUUUUAUAACGAACUUGUUCACAAAAUGUCAAAGUCAGUGGAUCAUAUUAAAAGACCGAUGAAUGCGUUCAUGGUUUGGUCUCGGGGUCAAAGGAGGAAGAUGGCACAGGAGAACCCCAAAAUGCACAACUCCGAAAUCAGCAAAAGGCUGGGAGUCGAGUGGAAACUGCUGACAGAAUCAGAGAAGCGACCUUACAUAGACGAGGCAAAAAGACUCCGGGCGCAGCACAUGAAAGAAUACCCCGACUACAAGUACCGACCGAGGCGUAAGCCCAAGAAUUUGUUAAAGAAAGACAAGUACUUCCCUCUGCCUUACCUUGGAGAUAGAGACCACUUUAAAGGGUUCCCAGUCUCUUCCACGGACUCUCUUUUGAGUGCUUCAGAAAAAGCCCGUGCAUUCCUGCCUCCGACCUCGGCACCUUACUCCUUCCUCGACCCCGGCCAGUUCAGCUCAAACGCCAUUCAGAAGAUGACGGAGAUGCCUCACGGGCUGACCCCGAGCACUUUGUCCUACCCCUCUUCUCUGGGAUACCAGAACGGAGCUUUCAGAAGUUUGAGUUGCCCCAGCCAGCACACCCACACCCACACGUCACCCACCAAUCCUGGCUAUGUGGUGCCAUGUAACUGUACGGCCUGGUCAGCGUCUAGUUUACAACCUCCAGUUGCCUACAUACUUUUCCCAGGUAUGACCAAGACUGGAAUAGACCCAUAUUCCUCAGCACACGCAGCAGCUAUGUAAUACAAAGGCGAGACACUGAAACUUGAACCCAACAUAAUUAAAAUGGAUCUACAUAAAUACAGAAAAAAUUAAAUAAUUUAACGAGCAACAAUUACCGGAAACUGAGGAUUCGUGUGAAAAAACAAAACAUAACUUUUCAUUCAAGACCCC